GUACGUUGCCCACCGCAGACGAAGAGGCAGAGGUCGAAAUGUAUUGGAAUAAGGGACUUAUUUUAGGAAUAAUCUUUACACAAUGGUUUGUUCUUUGCUUUGGUCAAAAUGAAGGUGACGUGAGGCUUAUAAACGGUGAAGAUGAUCUUUCUGGAUUUGUUGAGAUCUACCACAGCAACCAGUGGGGCAGAGUCUGUAAUCAAGGCUGGGGCGUAGACAGUUCAAUAGUAACAUGUGUCCAAUUAGGUCAUAAUGGUGCCUUGGACUCGCCAUCUAUACCCCAGGACUUGGUCCGUCCUGCUAGUGGACAGGUGUGGCUACUCAGGGUAACCUGUAUGGGUGAUGAUACCAUGGUGCCUCAGCAAGCCCGCCUGGUUGACUGUCCGGGCGGACAGACCUGGCUGGGCUCUGGGACAACUAACCCGUGCGAGAGCGCAUACGUAAACUGUGUGCCAUAUGGUAAAUUACUUCUGUUAAAAUUCAUAUUGAUUAAUGGAAAAUAG